CACAUGACACAUGGAAACAAUCCCUCCGCCGUCUGUCGGUGCAGAAACCCACCGACACCGAGAUGAGAACCUAAAACCUUCCUGUUUAUUAACUUAUAUCAUCUUUAACCGUGUCGGACUGCGGGUGAACCGGUUGCAUGAGUCGAUCUCCUCAUAGAUCUCUAUGCACCCAGCUCAACCUUCAGAGUUAAUGAUUGUUUUUUUAUAACCGGUGUCGGCAGACAUCACAAGCUGCUUGGACUAAAAGUCUCGCGGCGCCGUUAAAUCCGUUAAAUCCGACUUCCAUCCUGCACCGACCGAAGGACCGACCGACCGCUGGAGAUGAACCCGGCCAGCGGAGCCCGAAGCGGGAAGACUUUCCUCUUCACGUCGGAGUCUGUUGGAGAAGGACACUCCGAUAAAAUGUGCGAUCAGAUCAGUGACGCGGUGCUGGAUGCUUACCUGAGUCAGGACCCCGACUCUAAAGUGGCCUGUGAAUGUGUGACGAAGACCGGCAUGAUUUUACUGGUUGGAGAAGUGACGUCAAAGGCCAUCGUGGAUCUGCAGUCGGUGGUCCGAGACACCGUCCAGAAAAUCGGCUACAACGACUCUUCAAAAGGUUUCGACUACAAGACCUGCAACGUGCUGGUGGCUCUGGAGCCGCAGUGUGUGGAGAUAUCAGACUGUGUGUUUGAAGGCCGGGACCAGGAGGACAUCGGUGCAGGAGACCAGGGUUUGAUGUUCGGCUACGCCACAGAUGAGACGGAGGAGUGCAUGCCUCUAACAAUCCUUCUGGCUCACAAACUCAACCACAAGAUGAAGGAGCUGUCCUGCAGCGGAGAGUGUCCCUGGAUCCUUCCAGACUCCAAAUCACAGGUCACAGUGGAGUAUCGGGACAACUGUGGAGCCAUGGAGCCGCUGCGUAUCCACACUGUGGUCAUAUCGGUGCAGCACAGCCCGGACAUCACGCUGGAGGAGAUCAGACGCAACCUGAUGGAGAAGGUGGUGAAGGUUGUAAUUCCCGCCAAAUACCUGGAUGACAAGACCAUCUACCAUCUUCUGCCGAGUGGGAAGUUCCUGGUGGGGGGCCCACAGAGUGAUGCAGGACUCACGGGGCGUAAAAUCAUCGUGGACACGUACGGAGGAUGGGGCGGCCACGGAGGAGGAGCGUUCUCUGGGAAAGAUUACUCCAAGGUGGAUCGGUCCGGAGCGUACGCGGCGCGAUGGGUCGCCAAGUCUUUGGUCAAAGCCGGACUCUGCAGGAGAGCCCUGGUCCAGAUCUCCUAUGCGAUCGGAGUGAGCCACCCGCUCUCCAUCUCCGUGUUUCACUACGGCUCGUCCAACAGGGAUGAAGACGAGCUGCUGAAGAUCGUGCAGAAGAACUUCGACCUGAGGCCGGGGGUCAUCGUCAAAGAGCUGGGUCUGAAGCGGCCGAUCUACCAGGCCACCGCCUGCUACGGACACUUCGGCAGAGCGGAGUUCCCCUGGGAACAACCAAAGUCUCUGGUGUUUUGAGCUUUGGGAGUCGAACACUUCCCCGUUAUGUUUUAAUAAUCAGUUGUGAAACAAGCGCUCAGAAUCUCUUUAUCUCCAUGUGACUGUGAAAACUGGUCAAAAGUUUUAGAACACACCAACUUUUCCAGAAUUUAAUUGAAAAUGAUGCAGUUUAAUGUCUCAGUGUACUCUGAAAUUGAUGCACAUUUGCAACAUUUAAAAUUCUUUAUUGAGCAUGAUAGUGUUUUGAAAGUAAAAAAAAAAGAUUCAAAAUCACAUUUUAUGUUGGACUAAAGGACUAAAAA